CUCGCUGUUUCUCUCACAAGCACAUAGAUAUGUACCCGGUCCUGCCCUGGUUUGAAAUCUUAUCUGCUUGACUGCUAAUUUGACCAGGAAUACAACUGGCUCCUAUCACUCUGUGAGCCCUAGACCAUGGAACAAGAAAAUAACAAAAAUAAAGGUGACAAUGUUGCAGAAGAUUUAUCAAAGGCGAAAUUUGACAUUGCAAAGUCAAUAGCCAAGAAUUUCUUGAAGACAAGAAACUCCAUUGAUACUUCUGAGGUUCAGAGGAGAAAGCGAAAGAAGAAAAACAAGAGUAUAUCAGAAAGCAGCAAACUAACUGAAAAUGAUGCUAAGAAGCAGAAAACAAGGGAAGAAAACCCACAAAAGAGUGCUACCAGCAGUAUGGUGAAUGUAGAGAAUGGCAAGCAGAUCCAAAAGAAGGAAGAAAAUACAUAUCAGUCAGGUGGCAAGGAAAAGAGUAGUAAGUCAAGUGGAAGUAACAAAAUACGAAGAAGGGGGAGGGGGGCUGGUCUUUUGAAUAAAAACUGGAAGAAUGAAGAAAAGCAGAGAGGCAAGAGGAAUAGAAAAUGGAAUGUGCAGAUGGAAAAGCACAGGAGUUCGGAGAAGAAUUUUAGGACUAAAGAAAAGAGUGAUGGUAAGGGAAUGCAACAAGAAAAUAAAAUGAAAGAAAAGAUUGAUGGUCUAAUAUUUCUGUGCAAUGCAAAGACCAAGCCCGAAUGUUUCCGAUACCGUGUAAUGGGGGUAUCAAAUGAUAAAAAAGAUCUUGUGUUGGGUAUCAGACGAGGGUUUAAGCUUUUUCUCUAUGAUUAUGAUCUCAAGCUUAUGUAUGGGGUAUAUAAGGCAUCCUCUUCUGGUGGCAUUAAACUUGAGCCUGAGGCUUUUGGUGGAGCUUUCCCCGCUCAGGUGCGGUUCAGUAUCCAUGUUGAUUGCUUUCCUCUGGCGGAGAGCAUUUUCAAGAAGGCAAUCAAGGAAAAUUAUAACAAAAACAACAAAUUCAAAAUUGAACUUACUGCUAGACAAGUUCGGAAACUCACUAAACUGUUCCGACCUGCUGCAGUUCAUUCAACUGCCCUGCCUGUCCACUCUCCUCCAUCAAGAGCAGUGGCUCGAAUCUUUGAGCACCCUGAAAAUGGGGAAGCGCAUGAUAGACCAAGAGAAGCAAGGGUCCCUUCAUACAGAGAAGCAUCUGCUAGAGACCCUUAUGCAUAUAUCAGUACUAGAAGUUAUCCUGUUUUAUCUCAUGAAAGGGAUAGGCAAAUUGCAUAUGGAGAGUUGCCAUCUACUCGGAGAGAGGUCAUUCUUCGUGAUUUAUACCUUAAUGAGAAUGAUUAUGGGGCUUAUGGUUUUCGGGGAGAGAGAAGAAACUUAAGUUUUCAAACUCCUAUGGCUCCUAGAUUAGGAUCUUACCAUAGAGAUUAUAAAGAGCUGCCUCUACACCAACAGGAUGUCGUAUACAGGGAAUCCAUGCCUAUGCAAAGAGAGAUAAUUCCCUCUGAUCCUCUUUACUGUACUAAGAGAGAGUAUAAGACUUAUGAUUUGGGUGCUACACAAGAAAUGCAAUUAACUGUUUCCGCAGCAACUGCAAAUACAUCUCUUGCUGGUGCUUCUACUUUGGAUCCUUAUGCUACAGAUCCUUAUUAUAGUCGCUACUAUGGUGCUUCAUCAUUUGACUCUUACCUGCCACAUUCAAACAGGGAGGCACACCCGAAUGAGACUGAUCGAUUGAGGAUGAGAGAAAACAAUCAAGUAGACGGAUUGAAUCCGAUGUAUGCUUCCAAUGCUUUAGCAGAAUACAACCAGAGGUAUCGUCGUCAUGAUGCUAAGCCUGUUCCUGCUUCUACAUCAGUUUCAUACCGGUACUUUUUCAACGGUCCAUCUUUUUCAAAUAGGUGAGGGUCGUCGGAGUUUGAUUAUCUGCCCCUUAUCCCUAACUUGAGACUUAAUGCAUUUCAAUUAAUGACUUAUUUUCCCUGUUUUUUGCAUGCAAGCUGUUGAACUCCAGCAAACAUUUGUGUUAAAUAGAUUAUCGUGAAUAUUUAU